UAAUAAUCUCCAAACUCAAAGGUCACCACCGUCAUUUUAGACCAACCCCAGCAAGCUUAGUUGUACUGGCCAUGUAACCAGAUCCUCACUCUCACUCCCUUACAUUUUGAUACAGACAAACCACCACUCUCUCUCAACAAAUCUUCAUCAAUCCAACGCACCCAUCUUGCUCUGUUGUGUCAAUGGCCGCAACAGCUCAGUCCCACAAAUAAUUUACGCUAAAAAAUAAUGAUGGUGGAGUCAGAGAGACCCCAUCGCAGCAAGAGUAGCAGCGGAACCACGAGCGAGCUCUUCAUUUGCUUCAGCACUUCUCGCCUCUCCUCUUCUUCAUCCAUGAAGCUCUCUUCCAAGUCCCUACUCAGCCCGGGCCGUACUCGAGACCAGACCCCCCAAAUCUCACUCUCUUCCUCUCUCAGCCGCCGCCUCAGAACCAGCAGCAGCAUCAAAGGCGGCGCCUCUCCGAUGUUCCCGAGCGGCAGCGGCGGCGGCGGAAGUAAGAAGCGAGGGGGUUUCGAAAACCCGGAGCCUUCGUCUCCCAAAGUGACGUGUAUUGGGCAGGUGAGGGUGAAGACGAAGAAGCAGGGGAAGAAGAUGAGGAUGAUAAGCAGCAGAUCGAAGCGGAGCAGGAGCGGCAGCGGCGUUGGCGGAGCCGAGGCGAGUUUCCGAAAAGCGGAGCAGAGUGUUAACCAACAUGAAAGUUUCCAAGCACUUCAUUUUCCGACUCACCAGAUGAGUAGCAGCAGCCAGAGGGAGUGCUUGCGGCAGAGGAAUAACCAGAGGUGGGUGCAUCUUCCUUUAACCAUUUGCGAAGCGUUGAGGGCUUUCGGGUCGGAGUUUAACUGCCUGAUUCCGAAUAAGUCGUCGUGUUUGAGCGGCGGCGAGGCGAAGAAGGAUGAGGAGAACAAAGGGGUGAGAUCGGAGAGUGGGAAUAGCUCGUGUGGGGCGGUGUUUGCGAGGUGGUUUGUGGCGUUGGGAGAUGGGGAGGAUGGGAAUAAGAGGAGGGAGAUAGAGUUGGUGGUGGGGGAAGAAGAAGAGGAAGAAGAGAGAACGGAGAUGAGCAGUGGGAGCCAUAGUUUGAGGAGGCAAAUUUUUGAAGGGAUUGAGUUUAAAGAAGAGAUAGUGAGUGAGGCUUUGAUGAGGGAAGAAGAGGAAGGUAGAGUUAGUAUGUGUGUUCCGCCCAAGAAUGCGCUUUUGCUCAUGAGGUGUAGAUCUGAUCCGGUGAAGAUGGCGGCGCUCGGGAAUCGGUUUUGGGAAAUGCCGGCCGCUCCGAAAGAGGAAGUGAGUGAAGAUGAAGAUGAGGAUGAGGGUCUUGAAGAGAAAGAGAAACCACAUGAAGAAAAGGAAAAGGGGCAAAUUGGGUUACAAACAGACGUUAAGCUUUUUGGAGACGAUGGUAUGUGUGAGAAAUGGGUUUUGGACGGCGAAGAUGUAGAAGAACAAGAAGAAAAAGAAGAGGAAUUGAGUUUGGUUUUAGAGGAUGAGAAACCAGAGCAAAGUGAGAGCCUUUAUGAGCAACCAGAGGUAGUAGUAGAAGGAAAGGAAUGCCGAGAAGAAGAGCCAGAUCGAGAGGAAAAUACGAAUGAGCCAGCAUUGGUAGAAGAAGCUGUGCUGGAUUGUUCUCUAGCUGAAUUUUUUGCAGAUCCAGAAAUGUCUGAAGUUGAAGAAAUGGGGUUACAAUUUGAAGAAGCACAUGAAGAACAGAGAGAAGAGGAAAUGAGAGAAGUAGAGCUUUCAAUAUCAGAAGAAGUACUGUAUAAACAGGAAGAAGAAGAAGAAGAAGAAGAAGCAGAGUCUUGGGCUGAAACUGAAGCAGAGGUGACAGAGGAUUCAACGGCGGAGGAAGAGAAGGAGUCCAGAGAGAGUACUAGGGAAGAAGCAGAAGAGAGUCGAGCGAUAGUGACCCAAGAUAGACCCGAACCCGAAUCCGAGCGCCCGAAGGCCCAAACGGAUCUCCAACCGAAACCGUCAAGUCAAAACCAGGUCUUACCGGACUGUUUGCUGCUAAUGAUGUGCGAGCCGAAGCUGUCCAUGGAGGUAUCCAAGGAGACUUGGGUUUGCAGCACGGACUUCAUCCGAUGCCUCCCGGAGCGACACGUCAGCAGCAACAAAAAGGACGGUAAGGAUGAGGCGAAGAAGCCGCCGCGGGUCAGCAUAGCCUCGAAGCCCGCGGCGGUUCAGCAGCAGCCGAUGAUUCAGCCGCCGAGGUCGUCUUGUUCUUUUCCGAUACAAGCGGGCGGGGGUCCGGUUUCGAUGGCCGAGAUCAUAGGGCAGAAGCUGGUGGGGUCUAAUGCCUAUGAGCCGUUUGUGCUCACGCGCUGCAAGUCGGAGCCGAUGAGGUCGGCGGCUAAGCUUGCGCCGGAGGCUUGCUUUUGGAAGAACAGGAAGCACGAGCCGCAUCGCCACCCGGGUCCGCUCGGAGUCGGGGCGACCGGAGUCGGGUUUUAAUCUUAGGUAAUUGGGAAUGUGAAACGAAAAAAAACCAAAAAAGUGAAAUCGUAGGGAUGUUGUCUUAUGGGAUCAUGAUUGUAGGUUUUUACUUUUCACAGAGGGGUUAUCAUUGCUCUCUCUGGUUUGUACAUUUUCAUGUAGUGUUUUUCUAGAAAUUCGUUUCUUUUUUACCCUUCUCUUAUAAAUCUAUAAUCUUUUUCAA